AUGGUGCAAGGUAGCCGGCCUCUCAUUCUCAAAGGCGCGAACCCUUCUCCUGUGCUUGCUUGUGCGGCAGAAUACUGGCACUCGGCCGCCAUCUCAUCCACCACCACCACCCACCCCAUCCCGUCUCCCGCCCCUCGGGAGCCCGACUACACCAUCUCCCGCAACGGAAACCUUAGCUGUCCACUUCCGGCUCUUUCCUGGUCAUUGCGCACAAUGGCUCAGCAACCUCACGACAUGGGUUAUCUCGAUUAUAACUCGGGCUCCAACCGCUCGCCAAGCACCUCCCGUCAACAAUAUGGCGGUGGUGCUCCCGGCUUUAAUACCGGUCUAUCGCUCCCCAGACAGGCCCAGCGCCCUUUUGAUGGACACAUGGGCUCUUCCGGCCUCUACCCUCCCGACAGGGGCAACGCCGGAUACGGCGCCCGGGGGAUGGAUACCAUCUCCGGUGGCGCUGUUCCUAGCUACAUGCUAGAUGGCAAUCAGGGCUGGAAUUACAGCGCUUCUGGUGCUGCCACAGUCAACGGUGCUGUGAAUGGCCCCAACAGGAGCCGCAGCAGCAACCGUAGGGCUGCUUUGCCCCAGAACUGGACCGACCACCCUCCCAUGCCCCCCAUACCGUCCAAUCUCCAAGCCUACGGCGGUGGAGGCCUCAACGGCUCUCACCUCUCCAACGGCAAUCUCCGUGUCGACCACCCCGGCACACAUCCAUCUCCUGAUAUGCGUUCCACCGGCUCCGACCCCGACCAGCUUAUUCCAACCGCUAUUGUCAUCAAGAAUAUCCCUUUCGCUGUCCGCAAGGAGACUUUGGCUUCCAUCAUGCUCGAUUUGCACCUACCCCAACCCUACGCCUUCAACUACCACUUCGAUAAUGGCGUCUUUCGCGGCCUUGCCUUUGCCAACUUCCAGUCCGCCGAAGACACCAGACUCGUCAUUGAGACCAUGAACGGCAUGGACGUCCAGACUCGGAAGCUUCGUGUCGAGUACAAGAAGAUGCUCCCCGAGGCCGAGCGCGAGCGUAUUGAGCGUGAGAAGCGCGAGCGACGUGGCCAGUUGGAAGAGCAGCACCGGGGCCCUAUGCUUCACCAGCAGAGCUCCAUCCAGUCUCUUGGUGCCAUGUCCCAGUCUCAGCAGCGUGGCAAUCCUGCUGGCUAUCUAGUCAUGUUCCGUCGUGAUGACUCCCGCGAAAUUCUCGUCUUCCCACCAGGCAUCGCUCCUGAGCACCGUCGCUCGAUCCACAUUCUUGCCCAUCACAUGGGCCUCGAGCACCAGUCAAUCGGUGAAGCCGACUCUCGCCAGCUUACUGUACUCAAGCGCCAGCAGCCCUCCCCGACCGCCAACGUCCACAGUGCCCCUGCCAACAGCCUUGAUGUCCAUAAGCGUGGUUUAAGCAGGGCCGCCACCUUUGACUUCGCUGCCGACCGAGAGUCUCGUGGUGUGAGCAACAACAACUCACACAUUACCGGCCGCCAGGGCCCCACACUCGAGCUUCCCGGAAGCCCCGAUGGCGUUGGCAUCCCCAACAGCCUGCGCGCCGCCAAGAGUUUUGCCGACCUGCGUUCCUUCACUCCUAGUCCGUCUCAGGCAUCGUCAAGCUAUCUCACCCCUAACCCUGGCAUGGGUAGCAUCGGCCCUGGCUCAACUGCCCGCUUCGGUGAUUACAUGAGCGCACAACAAGCCCACCCUGGCAACCCCUCCACUCCCGGCACCAAGAAUGACCAUGGCCUGGCUAGCGCACUUGGUGGCCUCAACCUGGGCUCUUACGAGUCCAACACCAUCUCCGGCCAAAACCGCAAUGCCCCUGGUGCUAUUGGCAGCCAGCGACCCAGCGGCGUGAGCAACGGACCCAAGGGUGCUCCCGAUCGCCAGCCCCGCGGCCCUGAGUGGGAGCCUUCUGCCGGGUUCGGUGGCCGUGGUCGAUCCAACGGACACAUACAGCGAAGCAGCGACUCGUCUGAUAACGGAGCUCGCAUUGGCGCCGGACCGACUAGUGCGGCCCGGUUCUAA